AUGUUCCGCUUGGCGCCGUCUGGUUCUGCCCAUGCAGCUGGUGCUGAUGUGAACGGAGCAAAGAAAGGCUUCAUCACCAUGCCCGAUGGGUCGCGAUACCAGUUCAGCUACUUCUCUCCCACCCAGACCCCGCAGCAGUCGGGACCGACAGACACGGCACAUACUAACCACGGUUCGAAUCCCGCUAGUGGCCAGUACGAUUCUACAAACAGUCAUGGCCCGAAUCAGAAUAAUCAGCAUGAACAGAACGGACAAGGGUACGAUACGAAUCAAAAUAAUCCAAUUCAGAAUCAACAAAAUGGACAGGGAUAUGACACGAAUCAAAACAAUCAUAUUCAGAAUCAACAAAAUGGACAGGGAUAUGAUACGAAUCAAAAUAAUCCAAUUCAACAUCAACAAAACGGACAGGGUAAUGGCACGAAUCAAAACCCAACUCUGCAUCAACAAAACGGACAAGGUUAUGGCACGAAUCAAAACCCAACUCUGCAUCAACAAGACGGACAGACCCCGCAGCAGUCGGGACCGACAGACACGGCACAUACUAACCACGGUUCGAAUCCCGCUAGUGGCCAGUACGAUUCUACAAACAGUCAUGGCCCGAAUCAGAAUAAUCAGCAUCAACAGAACGGACAAGGGUACGAUACGAAUCAAAAUAAUCCAAUUCAGAAUCAACAAAAUGGACAGGGAUAUGACACGAAUCAAAAUAAUCCUAUUCAGAAUCAUCAAAACGGACAGGGAUAUGAUACGAGUCAAAAUAAUCCUAUUCAGAAUCAUCAAAACGGACAGGGAUAUGACACGAAUCAAAAUAAUCCUAUUCAGAAUCACCAGAACGGACAGGGAUAUGACACGAAUCAAAAUAAUCCUAUUCAGAAUCACCAGAACGGACAGGGAUAUGACAUCAAAAUAAUCGGAACACAGGGAUAUGACACGAAUCAAAAUAAUCCUAUUCAGAAUCAAAACGGACAGAACGAGUCGAAUCAUCAAAACGACAGGGAUAUGACAUAUCAAAAUAAUCCUAUUCAGAAUCACCAGAACGGACAGGGAUAUGAUACCAAUCAAAAUAAACCUAUUCAGAAUCAACAAAAUGGACAGGGAUAUGAUACGAAUCAAAAUAAUCCAAUUCAACAUCAACAAAAUGGACAGGGAUAUGAUACGAAUCAAAAUAAUCAUAUUCAGAAUCAACAAAACGGACAGGGAUAUGAUACGAAUCAAAAUAAUCCUAUUCAGAAUCAUCAAAACGGACAGGGAUAUGACACGAAUCAAAAUAAUCCUAUUCAGAAUCACCAGAACGGACAGGGAUAUGAUACCAAUCAAAAUAAACCUAUUCAGAAUCAACAAAAUGGACAGGGAUAUGAUACGAAUCAAAAUAAUCCAAUUCAUCAUCAACAAAAUGGACAGGGAUAUGAUACGAAUCAAAACAAUCAUAUUCAGAAUCAACAAAAUGGACAGGGAUAUGAUACGAAUCAAAAUAAUCCAAUUCAACAUCAACAAAACGGACAGGGUUAUGGCACGAAUCAAAACCCAACUCUGCAUCAACAAAACGGACAAGGUUAUGGCACGAAUCAAAACCCAACUCUGCAUCAACAAGACGGACAAGGUUAUGGCACGAAUCCAAACCCAACUCUGCAUCAACAAGACGGACAAGGUUAUGGCACGAAUCCAAACCCAACUCUGCAUCAACAAGACGGACAGGGUUAUGGCACGAAUCCAAACCCAACUCUGCAUCAACAAAACGGACAGAGUUAUGGCACGAAUCAAAGCCCAACUCUGCAUCAACAAAACGGACAGGGUUAUGGCACGAAUCAAAACCCAACUCAGCAUCAACAAGACGGACAGGGUUAUGGGACGAAUCAAAACCCAACUCAGCAUCAACAAAACGGACAGGGUCAUGUCACGAAUCAAACCCCAACUCUACAUCAACAAAACGGACAGGGUUAUGGCACGAAUCAAAACCCAACUCUGCAUCAACAAGACGGACAGGGUUAUGGCACGAAUCAAAACCCAACUCUGCUCAACAAACGCACAAGGGUUAUGGCACGAAUCAAAACCACUCUGCAUCAACAACACGGACAGGGUUAUGGCACGAAUCAAAACCCAACUCUGCAUCAACAAAACGGACAGGGUUAUGGCACGAAUCAAAACCCAACUCUGCAUCAACAAAACGGACAGGGUUAUGGCACGAAUCAAAGCCCAAUUCAGCAUCAACAAAACGGACAGGGUCAUGGCACUAAUCAAAGCCCAACUCAGCAUCAACAAAACGGACAGGGUUAUGGCACGAAUCAAAAUCCAACUCUGCAUCAACAAAACGGACAGGGUUAUGGCACAAAUCAAAUCCCAAUUCAGCAUCAACAAAACGGACAGGGUCAUGGCACUAAUCAAAACCCAACUCAGCAUCAACAAAACGGACAGGGUUAUGGCACGAAUCAAAACCCAACUCAGCAUCAACAAAACGGACAGGGUUAUGGCACGAAUCAAAACCCAAUUCGGCAUCAACAAAACGGACAGGGUUAUGGCACGAAUCAAAACCCAACUCGGCAUCAACAAAACGGGCAGGGUUAUGGCACGAAUCAAAACCCAACUCAGCAUCAACAAAACGGACAAGGUUAUGGCACGAAUCCAAAUGGUCAACUUCCUGUACCACAUGCAUUUGAUACUAUUCCUAACUUCCACAAGACAGACCCUGGACAAAAUGGCGGAAACACGGCCCAGCGGAUGUCCUCUGAUAUACGCAAUUACUUCGGCAAUUUACAGAACAAUCAAUUUUCUUUCCCUGGCUUUGGAGGUUUUCCUAAGAGGGUUCCCCAACCAGCCACCCGUGGUAACAGUCUUUUCCUGUCUGGAUUCCAUUUCCCCAAUAUCGACGAUAACUACAGCAACAUGGCUGGUUUGCACCGCGACCUCAACCAACAUAUUGAUUCUCUGGGCGACCCUUUCCAGCAGAAUUUAUUCAAACCGAUUCCAUAUCGCAGUCAGCUAGUGAAAGCUAAUACCUCUGGAGGAACUGAUUCCGUUAUACCGGCCAAAAGCCAAGCUACUAAACAAGGCAAGCAAACCAAGGAUUCCGAACACCAAAAACCGAAAAGCAAACUGCCACCCUGCGUUCUUGACUGCACUCACAAUGGUAAGCCUCUUGAUGGGUCGUUCCAUCACUGUGAUACGUGCUCCACAUAUGUGAAAUGUGAAGCGGGUAAGGCCAAACUCGAAUCGUGCCCUUCGUUCCUGGACUGGGAUGACAAACGAAAGCAAUGUGUCAUGUUCUCCACAACCUGUCGUCUCUUCAAAUUGUUCUCCACGAUCAGACCGGCCUAAAUGUUCACGCAUAGAUAGACUACUUUUUUCUUUGGCCUCAAUUAUAGUAUCCUUAGAUGCAUUGAGCUUCAAAUGCAUAUAAACUCGUAUUUUCUUUGGGCCCAGAGUCACCUGGUUUUCGAAUUGUUAUUUUCAAUCAAAGGUGCCCAAAAUAUCACAUAUAAAUGGGGUUUUAUAUUAUAUGUCCCCAAAUCUAGUAUCCUUAGGUGCACUAGACUUCAAAUUGUUCUCAAAUAUGUCUGAAACAUCAUAUAUAGAUAGACUCGACUUUUCUUUGUUACAAAAUCUAGUAUCCUUAGAUGCACUGGACUUCAAAUUGUUCUGAAAUAUGUCUGAAACAUCAUGUAUAGAUAGACUCGACUUUUCUUUCUUACCUCAUCUAGUAUCCUUAGAUGCACUUGGCUUCAAACUGUUCUCAAAUAUGUCUGAAACAUCAUGUAUAGAUAGACUCGACUUUUCUUUCUUACCUCAUCUAAUAUCCUUAGAUGGACUGGGCUUCAAAUUGUUCUCAAAUAUGUCUGAAACAUCAUGUAUAGAUAGACUCGACUUUUCUUUCUUACCUCAUCUAAUAUCCUUAGAUGCACUGGGCUUCAAAUUGUUCUCAAAUAUGUCUGAAACAUCAUGUAUAGAUAGACUCGACUUUUCUUUCUUACCUCAUUUAAUAUCCUUAGAUGCACUGGGCUUCAAAUUGUUCUCAAAUAUGUCUGAAACAUCUUGUAUAGAUAGACUCGACUUUUCUUUCUUACCUCAUCUAAUAUCCUUAGAUGCACUGGUCUUCAAAUCCUUAUAGAUAUACUCGCAUUUUUGUAAUCCCCAAAUCUAGUAUCCUCGGACACACUGGGAUUUAAGUAUUUGUUCUCAUACAAAGGUGUCUGACAUUUAACAUACAGAUAGACUCUUGUUUUUGUUUUUGGGGUUGGGUUUUUUUUUUUGUUGUUGUUUGUUGUUGUUUUUUUGGGGGGGAGGUUGUCCUGAGAUCGGAUAUCCUCGGAUGCAAUGGGGUUCAAAUUGUUCUCAAAAUUACAUAUAUAGAUAGAAUCUUCUAUUUUGUGUGACAAAAUCUUGUGUCCUUAGAAGCACCGGGCUUCGUAUUUUUCUUUUUAAUCAAACGUGUCUGGAAUUUCUCAUAUAGAUAAUCAAGUAUUUUCUUUGCCCCCAAAUCUAGUAUCCUUAGAAGCAUUGGGCUUCAAACUGUUCUUACAUUUUCCUCAAACAUCAUUAUUAUAUAGAUAGACUCGUCUUUUCUUGGUCCCAAAAUCUAGUAUCCUUAGAAGUAUUGGGCUUCAAAUUGUUCUUAAAUUUGCCUGAAAAAUAUAAAUAUGGACUAGUAUUUUCUUUGUUCCCAAAUCUGCUAUCUUUAGAAGUAUUGGGCUUCAAAUUGUCCUCAAAUUUUCCUGAAACAUCAUUAUAUAAUUAUUAUAUAGAUAGACUCAUCUUUUCGUAGUCCCCAAAUGUGGUAUCCUUAAAAGCAUUGGGCUUCGAAUUGUUCUCAAAUUUGCCUGAAACAUCGUAUACAUAUAGACUCUUAUUUACUUUGUUCUUUACUUUAGCAUCUUCAAAUGGUUCUCCUCAAUCAAAGGUGCCUGAAGUGUCACAUAUAGAUAGACUAUUCGUCUUGUUUCCCCAAAAAUCAAGUAUCCUCCCAUACACCUACUCUUGUUUUUCCAGAGAACAAAGACAUAGAUUGACCAUUUCGCUAACACAAACACUGAACAUUUGUUCCAAUAACACAAAACGAUAAGCUAUAACACUAAAAUAUAAAAUGUAAACUCACACAAAUUGGAUUCGGCUUUUCCUAACACAUACUUACAGAGUUUGUUCCACUAACACACAUUAUAUAUAUAACAGUUUUUGCCAACCACUUUAUUUCUUUUAUUCUUUAUUUUAUUUCUUCUCCUGAAGAAACGUUGAUAUUUUUAUAUACUUCUAACUUCGGUGGUUUCAGUGGAAACAUUUCUUUUAAUUGCUGUACUAACACACAUGCACACACACACACACACACACACACACACACACACACCACACACACACACAGAUAUAUACACACACACACACACACAUACUCACACACAG